UUAUGGUCCAGUUAAAAGCAGCAGAUCCCAGGGAAACUUUUGGAAGGCACGUGAAGUUCGCGGAAGCAGCUCCUGAGGAUUCAGUUGCAGUUGAAGGAUUUCAAAAGUUUGUGGAAAGCCCAAAGGAACCGACAGAAAGAACCUCGACAGGCAGUGUGUGGAUGCCUGUCAAUACAUAAGAGAGAGACAGGAGGUGAAAAGAAGCCGGAACGACUUGAAAUCAACUUGAAGGACAAAGGAAAGGACUCCUAAAGGUCUACACAAUGGCGUCUUUGGGACUUGAAUUGACUGGUAUCAGCCUGGCAGUGCUAGGGUGGCUACUGAGUGUGCUGAGCUGUGCUCUACCUAUGUGGAGGGUCACUGCUUUCAUUGGCGCCAACAUCGUCACAGCUCAGGUGUACUGGGAGGGUCUGUGGAUGAGCUGUGUGUUCCAGAGUACGGGACAGAUGCAAUGUAAAGUCUACGACUCAAUGCUGGCUCUGCCUCAGGACCUGCAGGCUGCCAGGGCUCUCACCAUCAUCACCAUCGUCAUAGGAGUGGUGGCUGUCCUCAUUUCCAUGGUGGGGGCAAAGUGCACCAACUGCACUGAAGGGGAGGGGGUGAAAGCCAGAGUGAUGAUUGGUUCGGGGGUGGCGUUCAUCGCUGCGUCACUGGCACAGCUCGUCCCCGUUUGCUGGUCGGCAAACACCAUCGUUAGGGAGUUCUACAGCCCCAUCAUUCCCGCUGCGCAGAAAAUGGAGAUCGGUGCAUCGUUGUACGUGGGAUGGGCUGCCUCAGCCUUGCUUCUGAUUGGCGGGUCGAUCCUGUGCUGCAGCUGCCCCCCACGGGAAGAUAAAGCAAUGAGGUACAGCAUUCCUCCUGUAAGUCGGAUGGCCUACUCCGCUGCUCCGAGGUCGACAGCUCAAAGCUCCUACACCAGGAAAGACUAUGUGUGAACAAAAUGAUAGAGGAGCAACUGUCAUUUUUUUACAAGACCCUCAUUUGUUGUGUUUUUUCUUCAAAGUAUCCUUAUAAUAAUCACACAUGUACAACAAGAACAGGUCUUCAUGAAACAUGUGACAAAAAGACAUUUGAUGUUGAAGAUGUUUUUGACAUUUUAGGAAUGUUUUCACUGCUGGAUGCUGGUCCUGUUUACAUUCAUAUUUGGCAAUAAAGCAAAAUUGUGAAAUUCAUUUAAAAAAAGAAAAGAAAAUCUGAAUGUAACAUAUUUUAAAAGCUCAGAAAGAAAAAAUGUUCAAGAUGGAAAAUACUUGUGUUUUUGAAACAAAAUUCCUUGUGGUAGUCUGCCAUUGAACUGAUCAGUAUGUAUAUAUCUUAUACACGGAGCACACAGGUUCCUUUAAGCGACGGUUUCAUGUUUUUUUUGUAUAUUUUGUUUUUUAUGAAAUACUGACACAAACUCAAGGAUGUUAGAGUUCAGGCAAUUGAGCAAAGCAGAGCUCAUCGUUUCUCUUAAUACUGUCUGAAUGUGUAAGCUUAAAACAACAAUAGCUGUUCAGAUGAAAGAUUCAAUGUGUUCCAUCUUUUUACUUUUGUUCUGCUAAAUGCUGCUUCAUUUAAACAUUUUUUUCCACACUGUGUAACGUUUCUGUCCAUUUUUGUGCAACUUUUUUACAUAUGAGCCUUUCCUUAAAGCUUUAUUACGUGAUAAAUAACAAACAUUUUGCUUUUAAAUGUACUAGUUUUGAUUGAAGGAAUAAAAAAGGACUUUUAUUAUGAAUUUA